UGAGUUCUUUGCCUUUUACCUAACAGAAGUUUUGUUGCUUUGGAUGCCCCUAUACUCCUCCCCCUUCCCCUACUCUAACCUAUUUCCUUCUUUCUCUUUCAUAACCCCUCUUCCCCCUUUUAAAUUCCUAGAAUUCUUUGAGAAUCUCCAAGAUAUUCUAACAUUUCUCUCUUUCUCCGUGUAACAUUAUGGAUGAAUACUAUACAAGGAGCCAUGUUCCAGCUUUUGGCAGCUGGGAUUGGAACAACGACCUCCCUUUCACUCAGUGUUUCGAAUCAGCAAGACAAACUGGAUUGCUUCGUUACAGCUACUCCGAGGAUCGUGAUCUGUAUGUUGCUGGUGAUCUUUAUGAUAAUGAUGUUGUUACUCCUGCCAUGAUCGUUGUUCCUCGCAGAAGGACAAAAGUACGACAGUCGAAUGUUAAAGAAAGAAAAAGGCAAAGCUGGGAGAUCAAUGACGUGAAGGAACCACAAAGUUCAACUCCCAUCCAUCACCGGCCAACACCCAAACCAGUUGAUGAAGACCUCUAUAAAAUUUCCCCACAUCUCCUUUACGCAAAACCCAGAAAAAAGAGAGGGUUGAGCUUCUUUUCGAGCUGCAUGGUUCCUGCUUGUGUGUUGUGAAGCUAGCUGUUUUGCCCAUCGCCAAAGUGCAUGCUUAAUCUUUUUCAUGUAUAGGAUGAAGUAAAUAUAGUUUUAAGAGGAUGAUGAGAAUGGGAUAAUGGCAUGGGAAUGUGUUCUUCUUUCCCUCUCGCCCUUAAUCUGGAUAUUGAGGGGAUUAUUGGGAUAAAAAGAGAAUUAAGAUAGUUUUUUUACUACUGUUAUUGUGUGAGGGUUAUUGUAGGUAGAAUCAUGUUGUUGAGGUGCUGUUUCUUGUAUUGAAAGGCUAUCUUUUCGAUGAUUUUUAAUGAAAAAAAUGGAAUUUGAAGGAAAAUAGGAAGACUUUUGAGAGUGGUUGGAA